AUGCACGCCAAGGUCGAGGCAGGCGAGCUGGUCUCCUCCUACAACCAUAGGCAACAUCACUUCACCAAGGAGGGCGAAGGCCUAAAAGCCACUUUGAAGAGUGAACAGUAUGAAUUUCGGACCAAGUUGGAGGUACCCAAGUGCGGGGUCUUGAUGGUCGGGCUCGGCGGCAACAAUGGUACCACCCUGACCGCGGGGCUUCUGGCUAACCGUCUGAAACUGGCUUGGUAAACCCGUGAAGGCACGCAGCAGGCGAACUCUGGCUCGAUGACACAAUGCUCGACUAUGAAGUUAGGCGUCAUGGACGGCGCGGAGUUCACCAUGCCCUUCCGUGAGAUCCUUCCGAUGAUCGACCCCUGCAAGCUGGAGAUCGGGGGCUGGGAUAUCAGCGGAUUGAACAUGUACGAUUCGACUCGUCGUGCGAAAGUGCUAUAGCCCGACCUCAUCCGCCAGCUGAAAGAGCCGCUUUCCGCCAUGAAGCCUUCAAAGGCCGUGUUCUACAAGGACUUCAUCGCCUCGAACCAAGAGGCCCGGGCCGACAACGUCCUGAACAACGGCAGCAAGCUUGAAGACCUGAACUGCAUUCGUGAGGAUAUCCGGAAGUUCAAGUAGGAGAAGGGGUUGGCCCAGGUGGUCGUGCUGUGGACUGGCAACACGGAACGCAUGUCCAAGUUGGAGGGGUGUGAUACAGAAGAGGCGAUUAUGAAGGCCAUCCAGAGUCACCCCGAGGUGUCUCCCUCGCUGAUCUAUGGCAUGGCGGCUGCCUUGGAAGGCUGUCCUUACGUGAACGGAUCGCCCCAGAACACCGUCCUGCCGGGGCUGCUGGCCUGCGCCAAGCGCAAUGGCACAGUGGUGGCGGGCAACGAUCUCAAAACUGGUCAGACGAAGUUCAAGUCCUGCUUCGUGCAAUUCCUGAUCGAGGCGGGUAUCAAGCCCCGCUCGAUCGUCUCCUACAACCACCUGGGCAACAAUGACGGGCACAACCUGGCGGAGGAGGCGCAGUUCAAGUCCAAGGAGACCACCAAGAAGGACUGCACGCUUGACCAGCUGGCCGGCAGUGGCCUCUACGCGCCCGGCGAGAAGGCCGACCACGAGGUGGUCAUCAAGUAUGUCCCCGCCACGGGGGACAGCAAGAAGGCGAUCGACGAGUACAUGAGCGAGAUCUUCCUGGGUGGCAAGCACAGCUUCGUGUCCUACAACGUCUGCGAGGACAGCCUGCUGGCAGCCCCCCUGCUGCUGGACCUGGCGGUCAUGGCCGAACUGCUCACCCGUAUCACCAUCGUCCGCAGUGCCGGCAAGCCCUAG